CGAGGUGAUAUGAACGCUGAGGUGCCACUCAGCAAUGAUGCAGCAUCGAAAUUGGUUGCCGCUGUUAUUCGCGACUUGAUAUAGAACAGAGUGUUCCCAGUGUUGCGCUCAGUAAUCGCCUCGUGCUGUUUUCAGAAAGUGAAACAUCAACGGAAAUCGCGCGUCAUGAAGCCUCAUUUGACUCUGACGACCGUAAUCAGCAUCCUUCUGAUCCUAGACGCGGCACGUACGCUAAAACGUCGCAAGAUACAACUACAAGUAAAUCCAGAAUGCGAAUGUGGAGUAACAGGAGGAAUCUCAAAUCGUAUUGUCGGAGGAAAAAUAACAAUCCCGCAUAUAUUUCCUUGGAUAGUGGCAAUUCUUAAUAAGGGAAACCUUCACUGCGGAGGAACAUUAAUUAAUAAUCGAUAUGUGUUAACAGCAGGACAUUGUGUUAAAUGGACAAAACAUACCGAUAUCUCAAUCGGAGUAGGUAUGCACGAUAUUGAAAACGAAGACGAGGGAUAUAUAGCAGCAAUCGAUAAAGUAAUUUUACAUGAAGAUUUUAGCAGUGAUUUUCUUCAUGAUACAAAUGACAUUGCCUUGAUUCGACUACUACAUGAAGUUGAAUUCGAUGAAGACGUAAGACCUGUGUGCCUCCCACAUAAAGAUUCUGAAUAUACGGGAGAAAAUGUCCAAGUUGCCGGUUGGGGACGUGUCCAAGUAGAAGCAAAAUCUUCCCGAUUUUUGCUUGAAGCCACCCUGAAAGUAAUGGCACAUGACACAUGUAAGAAUACUUCACUUGGAGAUCAUAUCACAGACUCGAUGAUAUGUGCUUACAAUGAUAAUACUGAUGCAUGCCAGGGCGAUAGUGGCGGACCUCUGCUAUAUCAAAGAACGGAUGGAAAAUAUGAAAUAGCUGGAAUAGUUUCUUGGGGUAUUGGAUGCGCUGAUCCUGGGAUGCCAGGUGUAUAUGUGAAGAACACGGAUUACCUAAACUGGAUAAAAUAUCACAGUAAAGAUGGUACUUAUUGCGUAGAUAAAAAGUUUCAUGUAUAACGGAUACUAAGAAAUAAAUAUAAAUAUUUAACAUUGAA